UGAACCUUGACUGUGUUCCAGUCUGAAAGCUGCGUCACCUUUCGUGGAGCGAGGCGACCGCCGGCGGCGGUGGCGGCCGGCCACGCUGGGAAAGUGCGGAGCGCGCGCUCGGCCAGUCGCAGCCGGGUCAUCAUGGCGUGCUGGUGCCGUCUCCUGGCCGCUGGCCUGCUGCUGGUCUCAGGUGCGUCUCAAGUUCAAGCGCAGCUGAUCAAAGACGAGGGAUUCCAAUGUCCGGCACUGGACGGCUAUUUCGCUGAUCCUGACAACUGUAGAAAGUUUUACCAGUGCGUAGACGACUACCCCUACAGCCAACUGUGCCCCUCCGGCCUCUACUGGGACGACGUCAAGAAGCAGUGCGACUUCAAGAAUGUUGCAGUGUGCGGUCCUGUGGCCACAACCGAGGCCCCGUCCACCACGCCCGACCCGUACCUGGCGACCUCCUGCGACCCGGCCAACUGUCCUCUGCCAAACUGCUUCUGCUCCAAGGACGGCACGCGCAUCCCGGGCGACCUCGACCCUAAGCAGACUCCACAGAUGAUACUUCUGGCGCUGGAUGGCGCGGUCAACGGCCAGAACUAUGAGCACUAUCUGGAGCUCUUCAACGACACGGAAUACCGGAACCCGAACGAGUGCCCAAUGAGGGGCACGUUCUUCGUCAGUCACGAGUACACCAACUAUCAGAUGGUGCAGGACCUGUACCACAAAGGUCACGAGAUUGCCCUCUACAGCAUCACGUCGCGCAGCCUCUCGGCCGAGCCGUACGAGGAGUGGGUGCAGGAGAUGGUGGGAAUGCGGACCAUGCUCGGGCUCUGGGCCAACGUGUCCGAGCUGGACAUUCUCGGCAUGCGCGCGCCCCGGCUCAAGCCCGGCUUCAAUAACCAGUUCAACAUGAUGCUCGACUACGGCUUCGUGUGGGACAGCUCGGUGUCGGUGGCGCCGGCCCGCGUGCCCGUCUGGCCCUACACCCUCGACUACAAGAUCCCGCACGACUGCCGCUCGGGCGGCUGCCCUACCUCCCAGUACCCAGGUGUUUGGGAGGUACCCCUCAAUUCGCACUACGUUGACAACUUCGAUGGCGGCCACUGUCCGUACCUGGAUCAGUGCGUGCUGUUCAACUACGAGCCGGCAGAGAUCCUUGCCUGGUUCAAGGAGGAUUUCAACCGCCACUACGACCAGAACCGCGCGCCCUACGUCUUGUCCUUCCACACCAACUGGUUCAACGAGCAGAACCUUAUUGAUGGCCUUAACAUGUUCCUGAAGUGGGCACAGGCCAAGGACGACGUCUGGUUCGUGACGACGACGCAGGCGCUGCUCUGGAUGUCGGACCCGGUGCCGACCAACCAGCUGUCGCAGCUGGACGACUGGGACUGCCGCAAGCGCAAGGACACGCCGCCGCCCGCUUGUAACCUGCCUAACAGCUGCCGGGUGGCGUUCCGACCACCGGCCGAUGUUGAAAAGUCGUGGGUGCCCGGCACCAGGUACAUGUCCACCUGCCUCAGCUGUCCGAAGCAGUACCCGUGGCUGUACGACGCCGACGGAGACGGCGGCGCGGAGGACUUCUACGAGCCGCCCGCGUUCGAAAAGUAGACGCGCCCCCGGCCCGAGGCUGCGCGAGAGGUCACUCUCCGCCGCCCAGAGGUCAUGCCCCAGAGAGCGCAAGGGUCACGCGGCGGCCCGGCGACGAGGUGCAGCUGGCGGGUGCCGGCUGCGCCGCGCGCGCGGCAUGACUCUGAACGGCGUCGGCGCGGCGUGGCACGCGUCCAGCGAGAUCGCUUUGUCUCCGAGCAGUUGUUGAGAGCCAGAGGGUGACUGUGCCAGUGCUGUGCACUGUGCCUCUGAAUCGGUCCUGUUGCAGCACACGUUGAUGUCGUCAAGGUGAUCUACCUUUGUUUUUUUAUCUCUAUAAAUAAAUUAUGGGUCGUCUCAUCCACGUCACUGCGA